AAAAACAAGCAACAGGUAUGCGUUUAUCCCCAUGUUUCUGACACAGGACAGAGGUCGCGUAUCCACCCCUUUGGUCGACAAAUUGGACCAAUGGCUUGUUUGGAUUUGGUGUAGCUACGCCCCUGGAAGGUGAAUGCCAACCAACAUUCACACUCAGGAUGGACGGGCAUGGAGAAAAAUGCAUUCGCCAAAUCAACUACUGGACAAAAUGGCAAGGUGAUCAUGCACGACCCCUUCGCCAUGCGGCCGUUCUUCGGUUACAACUUCGGCGACUACCUCGCUCACUGACUGAGCAUGCAGACCCGAAAGGCCCCCACUCACCUGCCCAAGAUCUUCCACGUAAACUGGUUCAGGAAGAACCCGGCGAACGGCGCCUUCCUGUGGCCCGGGUUUGGCGAGAACGCGCGCGCCCUGGAGUGGAUCUUCAAGCGCCGGUAGAGGGAGGAGGAGGCGGCCAAGAGGAGCAUCAUCGGCUGGCUGCCAGAGGAUGGCGCCAUCGUCACCAAAGGUCUGGGCAGCGAUGUGGAUAUGGGGGCCCUGUUCGACGUGCCCAGGUCUUUCUGGCAGAAGGAGACGAAGGAGUUGAGAGCCUACUUCUCCCAGCAAGUUGGAGCCGAUCUACCUGCUCAGGUGGAGGCGGAGCUUAAGGCGCUGGAGGAGCGAGUGCACAAGUAGAAGCCCACAGACAGGAAGUUAAACCGGAAACAGGCCGGUGGUCGCUGAAGACUCAGGAUGCAGAUAGUUAAGGUGCACUCAGAAGUCACUGGUUGGGUUUACACACACACACACACACACACACAGCUUAGAUCCCUAAUCACACUUAUUGGUUUUACUCAUGUAAACAUGAACCCUGAGUCCUGAGGACCAGGUUGGGAUUUGGCUUAGAAACAUCUGACCCCUAUUUGGUUUUUACAAGAAGUUUGUGAACUGAAAUGCAGGUUUUAGAGAGUUCUAGUACUCGCUGCUCAUCAAAGAUGGUUUGUGUCAGUAUUUUAAUUGUUUGAAU